AUGAUGUUGGUUAGUUGGAGAUUGGUUCCUGUUGUUGUUGCCUUUGUUGAUCGUUUUCUCUCCUGUAAAAAGCAUUCUUGGUUGGGAGAGCGUUUACUUCAGAAAUUUGAUGAGCAUUUGCUUCCAAAAAUGAUAAUGGAUUAUAAGUUGGUUUCUUACUUCCCAUUAUUUGAUAGAAUUGCUAAAAACGAAACAAUACCUCCACUCAGAUUGUUGGAGCUGCUCUCAAAUUUCAUUUCCAGAUUGUUCCUUAGAUUAUCUCAUAUGCUUGCUUUUACUUGUCUCCAUUAUCCUGAUUUGGAAGUUCGUGAUAAUGCAAGAAUCUACUUGCGUAUGCUAAUCUGCAUUCUAAGGAAGAAGCUUAGAAACAUCUUGAAGCUUGGGGACUUGAUUCUUGGCAUCUCACCAUCUUCACAGUCAACUUCUUUUUAUAGUGUCCCGUCACCUCGACUUUUUAAAAAAUUCAAGACAUUUGGGAACUUAUCAUCCUGCAUUCACCUUGAACGUGUGACCCUUUUGCUUGUUAAACAAUUUUGGUCAUUGUCAAGUUUUGGUGUUAGUAACAGCAAACCUUCUUACCUGGAGGGUGUCAAGGACAGUGAGGCCCCUGCUGAGGAAACUAAAUCUACCAAAAGUUCUAGUGCAGAGAUUAUUUUUGAAGUGGGAAGAAUUAGCCAACCACGAGAGCCACUACGCAUGAUGGAUUCUAGAAUUGUAGAGAUUUUGAACACAUUGAGGAAGUACUUUUCUUUCAUUCCUAACUUAAGAUAUAUGCCAGGACUCAGAGUUAGAAUACAGUGCAAUUUGAGACUUAAGUCUAGUAAUUCCAUCCGCAUGUUAGGAAUUGAUACCACUACUUCACCCGUGGAAGAGAUAGAUGCCCUUCCCGCUAUUUAUGCUACUGUGUUAAAAUUCUCAUCUUCGGCACCAUAUGGGUCCAUUCCAUCUUAUCACAUACCUUUUCUUCUUGGUGAACGUUAUGGUAAUGAUGCAUCUCAGAAUCUCUCAUUAAGCGUUGUACCUGUAGAAAAUGGUACCAGAGAAGCGGAUAAAUUUAGACCUUCAGUGGUGAUCGAAUUGGAGCCAAGGGAACCAAUACCUGGUAUGGUUGAUGUUCACAUUGAAACUAACGCAAAAAACGGCCAGAUCAUUUAA